GACCAAUCAAAAUCGAAUGAACGCGACCCUGCGGAAUAGCUUUCAUUAGGCCGAACGACGUAGACAAGCUAGGUGUGUGUUUGAACAUUUAGUGCAGCAGUACUUCGUUAAUUAGUUUAAUUUUUAUUGAAAAUUAAGAAAUAACCGCACAAUGGCACGGAAUUCAACGAAAGAUUGGAGACUAGAUUGCAAAGUGUAUGUUGGAGAUCUUGGUUAUGGUGCAGCCAAGCAGGAACUUGAAGAGAAAUUUAGUAAAUACGGACCUUUGCGUAAUGUGUGGGUAGCCAGGAAGCCUCCAGGAUUUGCAUUUGUUGAAUUUGAAGAUCCCCGUGAUGCUGAAGAUGCCACUAGAGCCCUUGAUGGAGCGAGAAUGAAUGGUCGUCGUGUGCAUGUUGAAAUGUCAUCAGGAAAGUCGCGAUGGGGAAGUCGAGGACCGCCAGUUGGACGUCAAGGUUCUUCAUAUGAUGACUACCGACCAAGGAGAGGCAGAUCACGAUCCUUCUCCCCACGUCGCAGAUCCCACUCCCCACGUAGACGAAGUCGCAGCGAUUCUAAUUCACCUCGUCGUCGUAGCCGCAGCAGUUCACGGUCCCACUCGCGGGGCCGCAGUCGGUCUAGGGGUAGAAGCCGAUCCAGGUCUAGGGGUAGGAGUCUGUCCCGAUCUAGGGGUAGGAGUAGGGAUCGUAGCAGAAGCCCUCAGUCAAAAUUGAGCAAGGAGAGAGAGGAAAAAGACUAGAGAUAAGCUGUUGAUUGUUGAUGCUGUAGAGUGACCUGAUUUACAAAGAAUUCAGGAACUAAAUGUUGAUACCAGCGUGGAGAUGGCUCCUUGUCACAACAGUUAUCUCUGUAGGUUGUUGUAAGCAGUGAUGUGUACUUAUCACUUCUUUGUGUUCACACUGCAUUCACCAACAGUGGCGGUCAUCCCAGUACUUUUAUUAUGCUAAACCGGAGGCCAAGGCCUUUUUUACAUUAUUACUUGUCAUACUUUUUAAUGUCUUGUGGGGGCAGUGGGGUAGCCUAGUGGUUGAAGCGUUCACUUGUCACCGAAGGCCUGCGUUCAAUUCCCCACAUGGGUGCACAAUGUGUGAAGCCCAUUUCUGGUGUCCCCUGCCGUUAUAUUGCUGGAAUAUUGCUAAAAGCGGCGUGAAUCCCAACUCACUCAUUCAUGUUUUGUGUUUAUUCAUUACACAUUACUUGCAUGUUCAGGGCUCCUUUUCACAAACUACAACCAUCGUAAGUCUGAUGCUAAAGUAUAGGAGUUAGGACAGUUGUAGCUCUACAUUCGCUUUGUGUAAUGGGGCCCUAGAGGUAUGUCUAUAGCAGCCCAGUUAUGCUUAUCAGGUUUUGCAAGUUGUCUCUUCAAUCGUAAUUAUCAGUGAUGGGCAUUUAUGAGAUUGUUGAUAGGACACAUGAACCCGAAAGGUGACGCAUUGUGACACCUUGUGACAAACAAUUGAAAUACAAUGUCCUUACUGAUCCUGAAUGUUUUUCUUAUGGGAAUCGUUUGUUUGAUAUUUUAAGUGAAACGUCACAAUGUUCAACCCAAAUUCACAUGCUACACUUGAAGCUAAACUGGGUUUUACAGGUUGCUGUUUUAGUGUGAAGUUAAAUUUUUAUUGGAUACCCUUUUGUUUUUGUUAGGCUUUUUUUUUUUUAAAUUGUCAAUAUGUGCCUUGUUUUCUUGUCUUGUAUAGUAAUCCUUCGGAAAUACAUUGGCUGUUUAAUCAUGUCAAUUGGAGGCAUAUUUGGAUGUCUUUUUCUUGGAAUAAUCAUUGACUUCAGAUCUGUAUACAUUUAUUUUAACUGGUGAAUAAUUUUGAGUUUCGCAUUGACAAGAUCUAUCAUAUAGAUGUUAAUGUAGGAAAUGGAAUUUUGUUGUUGUAUUUUUCUGACAAUAUGAGCAAGGAAAUUUAAGUUCUGUAGGCAGUUUGUAAAUAUGCUUGACUGUAAAACUCUGAUCUUAAAAUAUUAUCCAAGAUCAAAAUUAUAAACUUGAUUCUGCUUAUUAAUCAAAAAGAUGGUAUUUGUUUUUCUGAUGCUAGAUUUAUAUGCUUUCAUUUUGUUCAAUGAAUUAUUUGUCAUUGCUCAAUUAAGUGUAUAAGUCUUGCCUGAAAAAACAAUAUAUAACUUAAUUAUUAGAAUGCUUUUUCUGCAAUUGAUAGAAUUGCGUUGGAUAGUGUUUUCAAGGUUACAUUGCCAAAUAAAUAAUUUUGGAACAUUUUUGUAUUUCACAACAAAGUUAUUGCUGCUCAUGUAUUAAAGGAAUAAAAUUUUAUUGAAUGUA